AUGAGCUUCAUUUUCUUCUCUUUGGUUUUUUUCAGCUUGUACAUAUUCUCUUGUGUUCAUGGCUUGGACAGAUCUUCCAAUUGUUCGCUGGAUACAUUUCUUCAGGAUUUUGCUUUCAGAGCACUGGUUAUUACACACAGGCCUCACACUGGUGCUUUGUACAAAGCUAAUCUUCCUACUGAUCUCUCCGGCAUGGAAGUUUCCAUCGCUCGAAUCCGAAGCCGGACGUUGUGGAAGCAAGGGGCUAAUCUGAGUAGCUUUCGCAUCCCGUCGCAGACCGUUCCCGUUCCUCGGGUCCGGCGGCUCGCAAUCGUCUACGAGAACCUCGGGAAUCGGUCUUCUCAGUACUACAGUAUUUCAGGUUACUCGCUGAUCACUCCUGUCGUCGGUUUCAUGGUUUUUGAUGCUUCGAAUGCUAGAGCCACUAGGCUAAGAAGUAUCGGCAUCGACACGAUGGGGAAGCCUAUAUCAAUCCAUUUUUCCAAAGCGAAGUACUCGGCUUCCGCACGAUGUGCGACUUUCAGCAGCAAUGGGACAGUUGAUUUCAGUCGCAUAAUGCUUCCCAAUGUGUGUUACACUUCAAGUCAGGGCCAUUUCUCUGUUGUUGUUCCAUUGCAGAGGAAACAAAGGCCAUCAUAUCCAUGGGUGAUAGGUGUUGUGCUUGGCUUUUGUGCACUGAUUUUGGUAGGCUACUUCGGCUUCGUAUCGAUUAAGCUUUUGAAGACGAAACGGGUUCAGGCGAUGGAAAGACAAGCUGAUGAAGGUGAAAUUCUCAAUAACAGAUGGGUGAGUUGCAGUAAAAUGCCAUCUGCAGCAGUAACUAGAACUCAACCAGUCCUUGAGAAUGGAGGUUUUCCAUAG